GUGGCCAUGGUGCUCGUACUUCUGGUUGCUAUCCCACUGUUGGUUCACAGCACUAAGCUGGGUGGAGCCGGGGGUGGAGGGACACAUUAUGAAAUGCUUGGCAGUUGUAAGAUGGUGUGUGACUCCCUCACGCCCACAAACGAACUCACGCCUGUUUCCCCGCCUCCACAAGACGUCCCAGGACGCAGAGGGGGAGGGAGGUCUGGUUUCCGAGGUAACCCGGGGCUCCCAGGGCCACCAGGUCCACGAGGGCCCCCUGGAGAGCCAGGCAAACCAGGUCCCCCUGGUCCCCCAGGUCCGGGCCCAGGAGGAUAUGUCCCUUCAUACAGCCCCAAAAUAGCUUUCUAUGCUGGCCUGCGCAAGCAGCAUGAAGGCAGUGAGAUCCUCAAGUUUGAUGAUGUGGUGACCAACGUGGGGAAUUAUUAUGAGCCCACUACAGGCAAGUUCACCUGUCCUUUGCCUGGAAUCUACUACUUCACCUACCACGUCCUCAUGAGGGGAGGUGAUGGAACCAGCAUGUGGGCAGAUCUCAAAAAGAAUGGACAGGUGAGGGCGAGUGCCAUUGCUCAGGAUGCAGACCAGAAUUAUGACUACGCCUCCAACAGCGUGAUCCUGCACUUAGACGUGGGGGACGAGGUGUGUGUGCAGCUGGACGGAGGAAAGGUGCAUGGAGGAAACACCAACAAAUACAGCACCUUCAGUGGAUUUCUCAUCUACCCUGACUAACACACAAACACACGUCUCUCCUGUAUGAAUUAUGAAACACAGAUGCAACUGCAAGCUAAAAAGUCAAGAACAUAUUUACCUGAUUUCAGAAUGCUGUCACUAAUAUGAUAUGUGUUCUGAUAAUUAUCAGUCUUACCUUAUAGUUCCUGCCAAGAUCCAAACCACAGACACACACACACACACAAAUACACAAACUGCCCUAAAGGAAUUUGUGUGGAUCACAUUGUUAAUGAGGCUGUAGAGUGAUAGUAUUGACAGAGUGUCGCUAAUUCCACUUACAUAAACCGCCUCAGUCCACACACACAAACACACACAAACACACACACACACAGGUCUCCACAGUUCAGUGCACACAUCGACAGGCUGGGUUUCAGCAGUGUUUAAAGGAAUACUCUAGUGUUUUUCAGCCUAAUUUCCAUCUGCUGUGUAUGUAGUGUAUGGUCAA